GGGAGGCAGGAAGGCAAAGGAAACAAAAAAGGCUUCAAGGCUUACUGGGCAUCUGUCUGUAGGUGGUCUCUGGGUCUGUGACUGUGGAGCCAGCCAGGUGGCGGAGUGGCUACGGGGCAGCAGCAGUGGACAGCAAGCAGAGUGCGACAGCCUCCGAAGCAGGCAUCUGAGAAGCCAAGACCAGGAGAGCAAAGGGCUUCCUUCUGAGGUUCUUGCUGGAGUUUUAGUGAAGACUAUCAUUUGCCAGCAAGUACAAAGUUGAAAAUGUUGACUUCCCCAGAGCCGAAGGGUCUUGUCCCAUUUACAGCAGAAUCACUUGAACUUAUAGAAAAUCACAUUGCUAAGAAAUGCAAUGAAGAGCAGGAAGAGGAAGAUUCGAAACCAAGGCAUGAGCUAGAAUCUGGCAAGAAUCUUCCAUUUACCUAUGGAACCCUUCCUCAAGGUACCGUGUCAGAGCCCUUGGAAGAUGUGGAUCCAUACUACUAUGUUAAAAGGAAUACUUUCAUGGUCUUAAACAGAAGCAGAGUCAUCUUCAGGUUCAACGCAGUUUCUAUCUUCUGCACAUUGUCUCCUUUGAGCUCUCUCAGAAGAGCAGCUAUCAAGGUUUUGGUGCAUCCCCUUUUCCACCUGCUGAUUUUAAUUAGCGUUCUCACUGACAGCGUACUUAUGUGCAUGAGCAAUCUACCGCAAUGGAUAUUGGCAAUAGAGAAUACUUUGCUUGGGAUUUACACAUUUGAAAUACUUGUAAAAGUCAUUGCAAGAGGUAUCUGGGCAGGGUCGUUUUCCUUCCUUGGGGAUCUUUGGAACUGGCUUGAUUUCAGUGUAACUUUGUUCGAGCUUAUCACAAGGUUUUCACCUCUAAGCUCCCUUCUAAUGCUCAAAACUGUAAGAACCUUGAGAAUUUUGAAGAUUAUUCCUUUGAACCACGGCCUGCAGUCUAUUGUGGGGACACUGGUCCACUGUUUGAAGAAACUCUUUGGUGCCAUUGCCCUAGCUCUGUUUUCUCUGACUGUGUUUUCACUACUCGGAAUGGGUCUGUUCAUGGGCAACCUGAAGCACAAAUGUCUGCGGUGGCCUCAAGACAAUGAAAAUGACACACUGCACAACAGAACUGGAAGCCAGUACUAUAUUCCAGAAAGAGAAAACUUCUACUAUAUGGAAGGCGCGAGGUAUGCUCUCCUAUGUGGAAACAGGACAGAUGCUGGCCAGUGUCCAGAAGGUUAUGUGUGUGUAAAAGAAGGCACAAAUCCUGACAAUGGCUUCACAAGUUUUGACAAUUUUGGCUGGGCCCUACUUGCUAUGUUUCGAUUGAUGACGCAGGAUUACCCUGAAUCACUUUAUCACCAGAUCCUUUAUGCAUCAGGAAAGGUCUACAUGGUCUUUUUUGUUGUUAUCAGUUUCUGGUUUGCCUUCUAUAUGGCGAGUUUGUUCUUGGGCAUACUCACUAUGACCUAUGAAAAGGAAAAACAGAGAGCUUGUGAGAAAUCUGGAAACAUGGAUCCUAAAUGUCAACAGACUGUGAAGGAACUCGAGGAAGGAAAUGGAGCAGCUGAGAUGAAAACUACACAAAUAGAAAUGAAGAAAAGAUCGCCAACUUCUAUAAACACCACACUGGAUAUACUAGAAGACACUGCCCUUGGACACAAAGAAGAACCAGAAACAUCCAGGAAGAAAUGUCCACUAUGUUGGCAUAAGUUUACUAAAACCUGCUUCAUCUGGACAUGCUCUCCCUGUUGGGUGAAACUGAGCGAGUUUGCUGAUAGAAUUAUAACACACCCAUUGGCUGAUCUUUUUCUUGUCAUAUGCAUUCUUUUAAACAUAUGCUUCCUGGCCCUAGAACAUUUUCCAAUGAGUAAGGAGCUCAUGUCUCUCCUUCACAUCGGAAACAUGGUUUUUAUUGGAAUUUACACAAUAGAAAUGAUUUGGAAGAUAAUUGCUAUGCAUCCAUAUGGGUAUUUCCAAAUAAGCUGGAAUAUUUUUGACAGUAUACUUGUGGUUUUGGGGUUAACAGAAACUUUACUAGCAAGUGCUGAAGGAAUGGCUGUUUUUAUAUCAAUCCCAUUGAGAUUUAUAAAACUAGGGAAAUAUGGACCACCGUUUUCGAAUUCGAUGCGCAUCCUUGGUAGUGCGUUGGUGACCCUGAGAGACUUGGUCCUGUUGCUCGGCAUAUUUGUUUACUUCUCUGCCGUGUUUGGCCUGAAGCUGUUCGGUCAAAGUUUCAAAGACUGUGUCUGCCGCAUAGAUCAAGACUGUCCACGCCCACGCUGGCACAUGAGUGACUUCCUGCAUGCCUACAUGACCGUGUUCCGGAUCCUCUGUGGAGAGUGGAUAGAGACAUUAUGGGAGUGUAUGGAGGUUGCAGGCCAGGCCUGGUGUAUUCCUUUUUACAUGAUGGUCAUUUUAAUUGGAAAUUUAUUGAUACUUUACCUCUUUGUGGCAUUGGUGAGCUCUUUCAGUUCCUAUGAUGCUACAACGGAAAUGAGCAAAGAAGCCAAAAACCUUCAGCUUGCCACGGCAAGGAUAAAGGCGGGAAUAAGCUCUGUGGUUCUUAAAAUGUCGUGCACAGAAAGAAGUGUUCCUACAGAAGCAACAGACCAAACAUGUGAUCUAAGCGUUAAAGAGAAUAUUUCUGGCCAUACUCUUUCUGAACUGAGCAACACCCAAACGUUCCUCGGAUAUAAGGACCAGAGCAGCGGCACUGAGAAAACUCCAAUCACUGAGUCCGAGAGCCAGUCGCUGACUGCUAGUCCCAGUGCCUCAGAAACUGUGCCGAUUGCUUCAGGAGAAUCUGAUGUAGAAAAUGUGUGUAACAAGGAGACUCGGAGCAAGUCUGGGAAUGGAGGCAGUAGAGAGAAAAUGAAGCAAUCUAGUUCAUCUGAGUGCAGCACAGUUGAUAUUGCUAUUUCUGAAGAAGAAGAAAUGAUCUAUGAACAUGAAAAGUCGAAGCUUCGUAAAAAUGGUUAUGAACGCAAAUCUUCAACUGGUCAAGUCAGUAGAGAAUCUAGGAAUGGAAAGAUUUGGAAGAACAUCAGGAAAACUUGCUGCAAGAUAGUAGAGAACAGUUGGUUUGAGUGUUUCAUUGGCCUGGUCACUCUGCUCUGCACAGGCACUCUGGCUCUUGAAGACAUAUAUAUUGAUCAGAGAAAAACCAUUAAAAUCUUACUGGAAUAUGCGGACAUGAUAUUUGCAUACAUCUUCAUUCUGGAGAUGCUUCUCAAGUGGGUGGCUUAUGGCUUUAAAGCCUUUUUCUCUAACAACUGGUACAAGCUGGACUUCAUGGUCGUUAUUGUGUUUUGUCUUAGCUUAAUAGGCAAAACUCGGAAAGAUCUGAACCCUCUUAUGUCCAUAAAGUUCCUUCGAGCACUAAGAGUUCUGUCUCAGUUUGAAAGAAUGAAGGUGGUCGUGAGAGCUUUGAUAAAAACCACAUUACCCACUGUGGGUGUGUUGCUGGUCUGCCUAAUGAUCUGGCUGCUUUUCAGUGUUAUUGGAGUGCAUUUAUUUGCUGGGAAGUUCUAUGAAUGCAUUGACCCAACAAGGGGAGAAAGAUUCUCUGUAUUUGAAGUUAUGAAUAAGAGUCAGUGUGAAAACCUGGUAUUUAAUGAAUCUAUGCCAUGGGAGAAUGCAAAAUUGAACUUUGAUAAUGUUGGAAAUGGUUUUCUUUCUUUAUUCCAAGUAGCAACAUUUAAUGGAUGGAUCAGCAUUAUGAAUUCAGCAAUUGAUUCUGUUGGUGUAAAUAUGCAGCCUAGUUUCGAGCACAACCUGUACAUGUACACUUACUUUAUCAUCUUCGUUAUGUUUGGAUUAUUUAUCCCUCUAUGUAUGCUGAUUGGUGUUAUUGUUAGUAAUUUCAACAAGCAGAAAAUUAAGCAGGGAGGAUCAAAUAUCUUUAUAACAGUAAAACAGAAAAAACAGUACCGGGCACUGAAGAAGCUCUUAUAUGCAGACUCUCAAAAACCAGCACCCCGCCCAAUAAACAAGUUCCAAGGCUUCAUUUUUGAUCUAGUAACACAUCGUGUCUUUAAUGUUAUCAUCAUACUUCUUAUCUGUUUCCAAGCAACAACCAUUAUGAUACAAAACGAUGAGCAGAGUCCACAAAUGGAAGCUGCUGUCUUCUGGAUGAACUCCAUUUUUGUCAUGCUGUUCACUCUGGAAUGCAUACUGAAGCUCACUGCCUUCCACUGCCACUACUUCACCAGUGCAUGGAAUGUUCAUGACUUCAUGGUGGUCAUUUUCUCCAUUACAGGACUGCUGGUACCUUUGACAAUUGGACAAUACUUUGUGCCUCCUUCACUUGUGCAGCUGAUACUUCUCUCUCGUGUCAUCCACAUCCUGCGUCCUGGGAAAGGACCAAAGGUGUUCCAUGAUCUGAUGCUCCCCUUGAUGCUGUCACUCCCAGCAUUGCUGAACAUUAGUCUUCUCAUCUUCCUGGUCAUGUUCAUCUACGCCAUCUUUGGAAUGUACAAUUUUGCCUACGUGAAGAAAGAAGCUGGAAUGAAUGAUGUGUCCAACUUUGAGACCUUUGGAAGCAGUAUGCUCUGUCUCUUUCAAGUUACAACCUUUUCUGGUUGGGAUGGGAUGCUGGAUGCCAUUUUCAUCAGUCAGUGGUCUGACUGCGAUCCUGAUAAAAUUAAUCCAGGGACUCAGGUCAGGGGAGAUUGUGGGAGCCCUUCCGUUGGGAUUUUUUAUUUUGUCAGUUACAUCCUCAUAUCAUGGUUGAUCAUUGUUAACAUGUACAUUGUUUUGAUCAUGGAGUUCUUAAGUAUUCCUUCUAAGAAAAAAGCCAGGACCUUGAGUGAAGAUGACUUUAGGAGAUUCUUCCAGGUAUGGAACAGGUUUGACCCUGAUAGGACACAGUACAUAGAUUCUAGCAAGCUUUCUGAUUUUGCAGCUGCUCUCGAUCCUCCACUUUUCAUGGCAAAACCAAACAAGGGCCAGCUUGUGGCCAUGGAUCUCCCCAUGGCUGCAGGAGACAGAAUCCAUUGCCUUGACAUUUUACUUGCCUUUACGAAAAGAGUAAUGGGAAAGGAUGAGAGGGUGGAGAAGAUCCUUUCAGAGAUAGAAUCAGGGUUCAUGUUAGCGAACCCUUUCAAAAUCACAUAUGAGCCAAUUACAACUACUUUGAAACGCAAACAAGAGGCAGUUUCAGCAACCAUCAUCCAGCGAGCGUACAAAAGUUACCGCCUAAGGCAAAAUGACAAGAAUGUAUCAGAUAUCCCCUCAAUAGAUGAGGACAGAGAGGAUCUUACUUCUAAAGGUGUUCGCUCUGGCAAAAUUGAGGAGAAGGCGUCUGUUCAGACCCAGAUCUGAUGGCACUUCCUGUUUCUACUUUCUUUACAUGUUUCCCCAAACUCUAAAUGCUUAACGAAGGUGGAGAUCAGAGACUAGACGUAAUGAUCACAUCUGUGUUCCCACACAUCUCCAUGACAAGCUCAGCUUUUUGUCUAGUCAUCCAAUGCAUCAGGAAAGACAGCAGCCCAGCCUUGCUGCAGGUAGCUACACUGUUGCCAUUUAGCUAUUUAAAAUGUUUCUACUUGGCUUGUCUAGCAUCGCCUCUAGGGGAAGAUGUGUAGGAGAAAAGGGGAAGGAAGGGAAAUCAAUCUCAACAGCUAAACAGUUUUCUUUAUAUAUUUUAUAUGUAAUUUUAGAGCUCAGGUCACCAUCCUUGGGGUUUUGUUGCUGAUAUGAGAUGCUUCCUUAAAGUGUGAUUGUGCUUCAGAAAAAGAGAAGCACAGAAGGACCGCAUUAACUCACAAACAUGCAUAAAUGCUGGGAGUGGGAGGGGGCAGAAAGUGCAGGUGUUCAGAAAGUGCCUUUCAGUUCAGUCCUGGGCUAAAUUACAAUAUCUAUUGUUUAACUGAAACCCUACUCCCCCUCCCCCCCCUUUUUUUUUGCUUUCUUCCUGUUGCCUUUUUGUGUUUUCUUUCCUCUUGCGUUUGUUUGCUUGCUUUGUUUUGUUGCUUUCUUUAGUUUUGGAUAGUAGAUGCCGACAUUGUUGCAUUGCUCCUGGUUCCUCAAGGCUAGGCAAUCUCUCCAUGAGCUCUAGCUCAGCAACAACUGAGAUUUCCAGAGCAAGAAGCAUAGAUGAAACCACACUUAAUAUGACUACAUUUUCUGUAUUUGAUUCACAUUUAUAUAUUUUUAAAAGUAUACAUUUACUAAGAGGAUAAAAUAGAGAUAAAUGUUAAUGGACUGAAGCUUUACCUUAUUCUAAAAACUAAUGUAUUUUUUACUGCUUUAUCUAUAGCAGGUGCAUGCUGUCAUUUAAAUUAGAAGAGUGGAGGGCAACCAGCAUGUUUAGGGAUUUUUCAGUGCCCUGACCCUUAAUUAGGAAACUGGCCACUUGAAAGUUCUUUCCAUUGCACUUUGUAUUUCUUGUAACUUAAAGAAAAAGGCGAUCCUUCAGACAAUAGGGGUUAUGAAUUAACAGGUGAAACUUAGGUUGGUAUUUUAUAACAUCAUUAUAUACAAAUUAGUUUUAGUGAUCACAUAUAUUUUACUUUAUUUGUUUUAUAUCUUGUCAUACAUAUAAGUACUCAUGCAAAUGUUUUAUAUUUGAGAAUCUAUAAAAUAACAGACAUUAGUUUUAACUACUGGUAUUAUUUUUGUUAAUAUAAAUAGCUUUGAUUUCUUGACAAAAUUGUUGAUGCCCAUCCAUGUAGUUUGAGAAUCUGAUAUUUUCUCCAUUUGUAUAAAAACUGAUUUCCCUGUGUGUAUGACGUCCUCCAGAAUUAAAAAGAAAAUAUAUAUACAUAUAUUUAUAUAUUCUACUGAUUUAGAAUAUAUAUAUAUUCAACUAACUUAGAUAAGAAGCUUUAAAUGGGUUUUAUGAAACUCAAUGCCAUUAUCUCCUAGAGAUUGUAUUUUAUAAUGGACGCAUGGACUUGAGCCUUAACUCCUAUAAUCUACUUCUGAUCCUCAGAAACUCAAUGACUUUACCAACUUGACUUGGGUGAUCACUUAAAUAAAUGAAAUUUUAGAGUCUGGGGGGGUUGGUUAAUUGUUGGUUGGUUGGUUUGUUGGUUGGUUGGUUUUUAUUAAAGUAUUUCCCCUUCACUGUUCACUCUCUGUCAUAUGAUAAAGACAAGAGAAGCAUGGGAGAUUUAACUGUUGACAUGAUGACAGCUUCCCUGUUACCUCAAUAUCUCAGUUUUCCAACUUCUGGGAAUGCCUUAAUGAGGAAAGUGCUACAGAGAGUAAGACUAAAUCAUGACUUGCUUCCAUAAAUCCCAUUAAGACAACAUACUGGGAUGGAAAAUCAUUUUGCUGUUAUUUAUAAAGAAUGUCAAGCAAUAGCCAUUGAAAAAGUAGAAAGUUUCAUUUCUGAUCGACUGUUGCUGAAUGUCCUCCUUUUGAAAUCCCACAGAAAAUAAUAAACAUAACCUGUUAAACAUA